GCACUGAGGAAAGGGGGAAGGAAAGAGAGAGUAGUGGCUUAGAGGCACAAAGGGGUGUGGCCUUUCAUAUUUUGUAUUGUUCUGUGACACACACGCAUACAGAAACAGAACAACAACAAGAACACAAUCAAAAUACACAGAUUAUGGAGGUUGAGAAUGAAAUGAGGCAAUCCAAGUUCAGAAGAAUUUGUGUGUUUUGUGGGAGUAGUCAGGGCAGGAAGAGUAGCUACCAGGAUGCCGCCAUUGAUCUCGGCAACCAAUUGGUUUCGAGGAACAUAAACCUGGUGUAUGGAGGAGGAAGCAUAGGGCUAAUGGGUUUGGUUUCACAAGCCGUUCAUGGCGGUGGAGGACAUGUCAUUGGAGUCAUUCCCAAGACGCUCAUGCCUCGAGAGCUCACUGGUGAAACAGUAGGGGAAGUGAAGGCAGUUGCAGAUAUGCACCAAAGGAAGGCGGAGAUGGCUAAGCAUUCAGAUGCUUUUAUUGCCUUGCCUGGUGGUUAUGGAACCUUAGAGGAGUUGCUUGAAGUAAUAACUUGGGCUCAGCUUGGAAUUCAUGAUAAACCUGUGGGUUUGCUGAAUGUUGAUGGAUACUACAAUUCUUUGCUGUCGUUCAUCGACAAAGCUGUGGAAGAGGGAUUCAUCAGUCCAAGUGCACGUGAAAUCAUCUUAUCCGCUCCAACGGCGAAGGAGUUGAUGAUGAAAAUGGAGGAGUAUUCCCCUUGUGAGGAAAGAGUUGGUUCGAAGUUGAACUGGGAAAUAGAGCAGCUUGGCUAUCUCUAGAAAGGAUAUAGAAUUGGAUAAGGAAGAAAGAUGGAAUCUGAAUUUUGAAGCUCUUAAUGUCUAUUUUGGGGGAUUCUUUUUUGUAAAUUACUGCAAAUUGACCUCUCAGUAAAUGAAGUUUACUAUAUUUCCUUCUCUAUGAAACACUAAUUUGCUUUUUGAAAUUGUAAGUAAAUGAGGUUGAUGAAUGUUCGUUC